AUGACUUCAGUCAAAGAAGAAACAUCAGUUUUGGGCACCGAUGAAGACGAGUCGCCAAAUAGCUCAAAAAGCAGGCGCCGUUCUAAACGUGAUCUUCAAGGUCGUACCUUUAAAUGCGGGUGCGAAAAAAUGUAUUUGAGCUACCCAGCAUUAUAUACUCAUAUAAAAACUAAACAUGAUGGGAUUUCUCCUCCGGGCACUGAAAAUCCUCAUCCUAUGACUAACAGAGGUAGAGGAAGGCCACGAAAAACUCAAAUAGGAAAAGAAGAAAAAGAAGAAACAAAAGAGACACCAGAAGAAAAUCCUUUACUUUCCUAUCCUUGAUAGAACGAUCCUAUUGAAAAAUUCCUAAAAACUUGAAAAUUUAACCCCCAUUAUUGAUCGAACGAUUUUCAUAUAUUGCAAAUUUUAUUAUUUUAAUAGUUUUAUUAGCAAAUUAAGAUUAAUUUACGUGUUUUCUUAAUAAUUUGAAGGAAUUAAUCAUCUGAAUUGCUUUAGCCAUCAGCCUGGCCUUAAAAGCUUAAUAAUCUAAAAAAUUUAGAAUUAUUAUAAAUUAAAAAUAAUUAAUAAGGAACAGAAAUAUUUAUAGAAUGGAAAGGAGUAACUAAAAUUUUAAAUUAGUACAAUUUUUUUUAUUUUAAUAAUAUUAAUAUUUACUAUCUUAACCCUCUUAUUUAUAAGUACACCAAAAUAAUUUAUGCAUUAUCCCAACAAUUUUUUAAACCCUGCCUUGAUCGAACGACAGGAGUCGUUCGAUCAUGAUGGGGGAGUUAGAAGAACUACAAAUUAAUGGCGGUCAAACAGACCCAAUUAUUGGCUUUGAAGAUUCUAAUUCAGAACUUCUAAAUAAAAUAAAAGAAUGAAAAGAUAAACUUAUUGAUGACUUCUUUGACAAAGAAAAUUUAUCUUGCGAUGAUGUGUUUGCUAUCUAUUUGAUAGAAAUUGCCAGAAUUAUAGAAGAAGAUGCAUAUAAAAAUUUUGUAUUAUUUUUUGAAAAUUUAAGAAUCUGCCUAAAUUUAAGAGGAUACCAGAUGCACUCUGAAGAGAAAUUAGAGAAAAUUAAUAAUUAUUGCGUGUUAAAAGGCCCAGAAAAGGUUCCUGGAAUAUUUAAUUAUUAUAUCCAACAAUUUAUGCCGCUGAAUUUUCCAUCGUUUAAUAAAGACUUCGCGAUUAGAAUUUCUAUUCAUUUCGAUAAGUGGCUAUUGAAAAAUAAUUUGACUGAUAUGAAGAUAAUUUUGACAGAAGAUUAA